UCAUAUCUGAAAGAAAGAAGAAAAAGGUCCCAGUGUGUCGAGAAUCGAAGGCACCCCCCUCGGCGCUUGUGUCACAUACAAUGGGGAGUGUGUCUCUUUAAGACGGAGCAGCGAUGUGCCGCAGGGUUCAACUCGGGGUCACUUCAAGUUCCUGCCCUCGAUUUUACCUUUUAGUUUUAUUAUAGACUGACAUCACACGGGCCGCUAAAACACUUACACCGCACAGAGCCCCCAUUAUCAUCUCCUAGCGCGUUACAGCUUCGACACAAAAAUAGUCGAGGAAAUUACUAAAAUAAAAAAAAAAACAGGAGGAAACUGAUGCUGGGCUAAGCACGUAUUUUAUAGGAGGGGGUGAGAAAGAGAGUGGGGGGAUUUAGAGUGAGAGGAGGGACGAGGAGGGGAGGAGGGGGAGAGAGAGAGUAAAAAGAAAUUCAUAGCAAUUAAUAAUAAAAAGAGUUGGCAGUAGAGCUCGGAAAACUGGCAUGGUUUUUGGAGGUUGGCAGUUCAAAGUUGAGACGUCAGAAAUGACUCCAGUGGACUGUGAGAUGAUCGUUAAGGGAGACCUAGACGGGAUGGCAGAAGAGUUCGGGCAUCCAGGUGGUGGUCUGAAGACGACGCUGGAUGCCAUGGAAGUCCCCAGUCACGCUAGACACCUCCUCCUGCAGCUCAACUCACAGCGCACAAAGGGCUUCCUGUGUGAUGUCAUCAUCGUGGUGCAGAACGCCCUCUUUCGUGCCCACAAGAACAUCUUGGCCGCCAGCAGCCUCUACCUGAAAUCCCUAGUUGUUCAUGACAACCUGAUCAACCUGGACCACGAGAUGGUGAGCCCCGGUGUGUUCCGGGUCAUCUUGGACUACAUCUAUACAGGCCGACUGGGCGAAUGCGACUCGGGAUCCAGCACCGAGCCCAACCUAGCAGCAGUGCUAGCGGCAGCAAGCUACCUGCAGCUGCUGGACCUAGUGGCAUUAUGCAGGAAGAGGCUGAAACGAAAUGGGAAGUACCACCUACGGCCAGGCUUCAUGCCCUAUGGGAAGAUUGGUCCUGCCAACGUCGGCUUGAGCGGAGGGGGCAGGUUUCAGGUGUCGACUCCAGUCAUCCAGCCCUGCUUUCCCGGAGGACUCGUGAGCACCCACCCCUCUCGCGCUCCCCCACCAGAUGAGCUGCCUCACCUGACUACACAUGUGGGAGAGCUGUACGCUCCCCACUCCUCUCAGGGUCCCCCGAUUUACAACAGUACACGCUCAGCUCUGCCACUCACCCCUGGUCUGCGUCCACCCCACCCAGAGAAGGGCUGCUCCUCCAUCUAUGGCCUGGACCUCAGCAAGAAGAGUCCCACCCCUCAGUCCCAGCAGGUUGCCGCACACCCCCAUCUGGCCCACGCUGUUUCGCACCACGAGGAAGGGCAGGGGGGCGAGCUGAACGGCCGCGACAGCCCCAUGGUGACCGCCAACGGGGAUCCCUAUCCAGCUGACAAGGAGUCCACCUUCCCCAGUAAGAUGGAGGCAGGUGAACACAUGAGUGCCCUGAACACACACUCCUUCCCGCACCUCAGCCAGUCACUUGUCCCCCACCUGCCACCCCUGCACCGCUCCCACAGACAAGACCCUUACCCCUGCUCGACCAGCCCUGACAUGGCAGGAGACAUGGUGGAUCAGGGGCAGACGGCGAAUGAGGUGUACCGCUGGGUGAAACAUGAGCCGAUACCGUACGUGGGUGAGGAUGACGAAGACGAGGACGAAGAAGAAGAAGGAACUGGCGAGAGGAACAAGGAAAGUCAGCACCAGCACUCCAACCACCACAAGGGCAGUGAGGACAAGCUGGGAACGGGUGACGCUGGCUACGGGGGGCUGAGCGCAGGGGAGGACGACAAGAGCGGCACGGGGAGCGAGGAGUCCGUGAGCAGCGAGGGGCGCCCCUCGCCCCCGGGGAGGUUCCACCUGCCUUAUGAGCCCGAGACCUUUGGGGACAACCUCUACGUGUGCAUCCCCUGCGAUAAAGGUUUCCCCAGCUCUGAGCAGCUCAACGCCCACGUGGAGACGCACACCGAGGAGGAGAUCUACAGCAACUCGGGCGGCGAGGUGGGCAGCAGCAACAGCACCACCACCAACAGCAACAACAACAACAACAACAACGGCAGCGGCGGCGGAAACCACGGGAACGGCAGCGCCAACAGCUGCGUCAACAACCUCUCCUACGCCGAGGGCAAAGCGUGUCAGAGCCUGCCAUCGGUGACGGGGCUGGGAGAGACGAUUCGGCCGUACCGCUGCUCGUCGUGCGAGAAGUCCUACAAGGAUCCAGCCACGCUGCGGCAGCACGAGAAGACGCACUGGCUCACGCGGCCCUACCCGUGCAGCAUCUGCGGCAAGAAGUUCACGCAGCGCGGCACCAUGACCCGUCAUAUGCGCAGCCACCUGGGCCUCAAGCCCUUCGCCUGCGACGCCUGCGGCAUGCGAUUCACCCGCCAGUAUCGCCUGACGGAACACAUGCGCAUCCACUCGGGCGAGAAGCCCUACGAGUGCCAGGUGUGCGGCGGCAAGUUUGCUCAGCAGCGCAACCUCAUCAGCCACAUGAAGAUGCACAGCGUCGGAGUGGGCGGAGUGGCUCCUGACAGCAAGCUGAAGAUGGACUUCGGCGAGGGCAUCUUCCCCUUGAGUAAAUACACAGCCGAGCAGCUGGGCCUCAAGCAGGAAGAUAGCUUGUUCCCCCUGUCUAAACUGGCUGCCCAGCAUCUGGGCCUCAGUCAUGACAAGAUGGACACUCUCAGCCAGGCCCCGCCGCUCUCGUCCCAGCAGCUCCCCCCCGAGUCUCGCACCAUCGACCGCUACUCCCCCAGCUAGAGGCAGCGUGACAACUCCUCGGUUCAACCGGAGCCGAGUUCUUUGCGCUCCGCUCCAUCCUUCCUCCACACGCCUUUCUUGAGCCGGCGAAACCGUGCCUAAAAGUGAGAGAAAAUCAUCAGCGAUGCUGACUUCUUCUAAAAAAGUGCCUUUUCGCAGAAGCUUGGAUUCUGUGCCUUUUUUAAAAUGACAACGUCCUGAAAGGAAUGCUGCGCUGUUGUACACAGAAAGCAAAAGUGCAGUCGUAUUUUGGGGGAAGAAAUCCUACAGACUUGUUUUGCUGUCGAGCCAAAAACAAACAUACCAAACAGUUAUUUUUAAUUUAUUAUUUUUUUUCUUCUUCUUCUUAACAUGUUCAGAAAUCCAAAGAAAUUGACUGAAAAUAAUGUGGUGUUGCAAUCAAAGUCCCACCGUGUGUGCCUAGAACUGUAACUGUGUUUAACGUUAGGGGGAAAAGCACACAGAAAUCUCAUUCUGGGUUUCUGACCAGAAAUAAAAGAGAACUUGGACACAAGGAAAAGCCAGCCAUUGGAGUUUACAGUAAUCGGAAGACUUCAUGAAACGAUAAGACAUUACGGAGUACUGGAUGCUGAGUACGCCAUUCUAUAGGCCUGCGCCCACACGGCCUCCAAACUGAGCUCUUCAUCGGUCGCAGGAAUGCAAACUGUGGGCGAAAAAUUGUUGACUCCAGCAAUUAGGUAACACUGCAUUUAUUUUAUAUUCAUUCUUAUGAAUGAUUUGCGAUGAGUGUGGCAAAGCUCACACGAAGCGACGGCAAUCACUGCUCAGUCACACGGCCACUCUGCCAAACCCUUCCGCUGUUCCUCUUUUUAUUGUGUUUUUUUAAGCGCCUUCUUAUUAUCGUUACAAAAGUAAAACAAAUGUCCCUGAGCCCUGGGCACAAGUGUUACGCACUAUUAACCUAUACUGUGUACUUCGGUAGAACGGGAUUCGACCUGCUUUGCGGUGGGACCACACCGAUAGCAUACGGCACGACUGCUGAGACUGCAGCCGGAUAUCACGAGGGGGAACUGAGCAGUGAAUUAACUGUCGUAAUAUCGCGGUUGUAAGUAGUUCAAUUGCCUUGAUAUUCUCUGUACCAAUUUCAUGGUACCAAAGAGUAUAGAAAAGGUGUGAAUUAACUCUGGGCUGCCGCCACUGUUGUCCCUGUGCCACGGUGGAUCCCGGGAAUGAUGCUGCCCCCCGGGUGAGUGGCGCGCGCAUGAGAACCCGCUAAUGUGACAUCUCCGCUAAUAGGAAAGGCAGGCCUGCCCCAGCUGGUCCAGAGCAGUGCUAAUCCCCCGUGAAAUCCCCAGUUUUGCCCGACAGCUCACACCGCCUGCUGGCCUGAGCCAGGAUUUCACAGCCGCGGUCCACCCCCCGCCACUCUCGUGACCCACGGGCUGCACCGCCGCCGCCUGCAGAGGCCACGCACACUCGCAUGCGCGGGCGCAAAUUCGGAGCCAGCGUACAGCCAGAUCCGCAGUUCCAGAGAGGUGCGGUAUCCCAGGACCCUCAUUCCUGCAUCACGCCCUAAUCUCCACAAAUAUGCUUCAGUUCUCGGUAGGAAGGAGACCUGAACUUCCACGUGAAUUCACUCCCGCUAUGAUUUCUUGGCCUCCCUGUACUGUAAACCACAGCGACGAUGGUCUGCCCUAUGACCUGCAAGGGCCUUUUCCCUGCUUAGCAAUCACACGCAGAUAAGUUCUUACGAGCCGUGGACGCAGGGACAUUUCCCCCAAAAAGUCACGUAGCCUAAGUGGAACUUUUUCAAGGUGGUGAUAAUUUACAUUAAAAAAAAAAAAAAAAAAAAA